AUACAACUUGGUAUUUUUUUCUGAAGCGAUGUAUUUUUACGGCCUACCGUACGAUACGGUACUUUCAACAGGUGCCAGUACGGUACAAACUGAUGUUUUCGAUUUUUUUGAAUUUUGGAGAAACACGGACCGAGAAUUGUAGAACUUGCCAACCUCCCGGGAUGUUCAAUGAAAUGGAGGAUCGAUACGCAUCAAAAAUUCAUACACAGGAGAUCAUUUAUUACAGAAGAGAGAACUGAACAAUAACCAACAACGAUCAGGAAGUAUCUCAGAAAGAAAACAUGACCGACGACAGGAUAGAUCCCAAACUCAAUCAUCUUAUCCGCAAGCGCCUAUCAGCGAAUGCUUCAGAAAAUGAAAAUCUAAGUGCAGAUCGGCUUGCAGAGUGGUUGCGUCAUAACCACCGAGAAUACCAACGAAAAGAUUUAUCGAGACUUACCMGUCAAGUCCAAACCAUUCUUACAAACAUCGAAGAGAAACUCGAAGAAAAGGAAUACGACAAAGAGGCCAGAGCUUACGACGAACAGCGUGAAAAAUUCAACAGGAGCAGCAAUGGUCUGAACGCAUCGCUUACAAACCGAUACCGAAAGCUCCAACAAAAACGCGAUGCCGAUGAAGAAGCCAAUCGGGCCCUGCAACAAGCAGAGGUAGGCGAUUUGGCCGAGACCGACGAGGGGAUGGACACCUAUGCAUCGAACGACGAUGAAAACAAUCGUGGGGAAUUGCGAAAGAAAAGAACGCGAGAGGAUUCCAGUAGUAAAAGCAACAGUCAAUUGUCGUUGGAAAAGCGUGCUUCGAAAAUGAUGAUCAGUGGGAAAUCUACGAAACGCAAAAAGAGUGGGAGGCGCAAUUCUUCAAAACCAGGCGGUGAAGGCCCCGGUCUACCAGGACGAGAUGGGGGUGCAGGUAUGUGCGAAGCUGUACCCCGACCCAGCGAACGAUAUUCAGACUUGGGAGGUAUGGGAGACGUCCUGACACAAAUACGACAACUGGUAGAAUAUCCAUUGGUUAGACCCGAACUAUACCGCCAUUUAGGCGUGGAUCCACCGCGUGGUGUAUUAUUGCGAGGUCCCCCGGGGUAAGAUUACGACGUGUCGAUUCUGACGAUUUAAUUUUCCAGAGUCGAAUGUUGUUGCUAAUUGGUACUGGGGAUACAAUUUGUGGGACUUUCCGUCUUUUCUUACCGUGUCUGCCUUUCGUACAAAAUACUUUUUGGUGUCAGCUGUGGCAAGACACAUUUAGUCAACAGCAUAGCCGGCCAGCUUGGGAUUCCUUAUUUUCGAGUAAGCUCACCGGAGCUUGUAUCGGGAAUGUCAGGAGAAUCAGAAGCAAGGAUACGUGAACUCUUUCAGACUGCUUCUGAUUCGGCACCAGCCAUCGUAUUUUUAGAUGAGUUAGAUGCUAUAGCUCCGAAACGAAGUGAUGGUAAGGGGAUGGAAAAACGAAUGGUUGCUCAAUUGCUAACGUGCUUGGAUAUGCUGGAUCCCAAAAACAAUCGGCAAAUGGCACCCGUGCUCGUGAUGGGUGCAACUAAUCGAGCUGAAAGCAUCGAUCCGGCGCUGCGACGAGCAGGCCGUUUUGACAAGGAAAUCCUCAUAGGAGUACCAGAUGAGGAAGCCAGGAUUGGUAUAUUGACAACCAUGACGAAAAAUAUGAAGCUAGGCGGGGAUUUCAACUUGAAGGUCUUGGCACGGAUGACACCCGGAUAUGUGGGUGCCGAUGUUCGGAGUUUGACCAAAGAGGCAGCUGUCAUUGCUAUCAACCGUAUAUUCAAAAACGUUCUUGUUGAUCAGAAACUUCCCUCUGAUAUGGUAGACGAAAACAACGAUAAUCCUCCACCUGUGGCUCCGUUGACAACAGAAGAAAUGGAAUCACUUCACAUCACCAUGCAAGAUUUUCUAGAUGCGAUUCCAAAGGUUCAGCCGUCGAGCAAAAGAGAAGGUUUUGCAACAGUUCCCGGUGUAUCUUGGGAUGAUAUUGGUGCUCUAGGGUCGGUGCGCGAAGAGCUGACCUUGAGUGUGUUAGAACCCAUCCGCAACCCCGAAAAAUUUCAAGCACUGGGAAUUCCUCUGCCCGCUGGUGUUAUGUUGUACGGUCCUCCAGGGUGUGGAAAGACGUUGUUGGCCAAGGCAAUUGCGAACGAGAGCGGUGCAAACUUUAUAAGUGUCAAGGGGCCAGAAUUAUUGGACAAGUAUGUGGGUGAGAGUGAACGGUCCGUUCGUCUGGUCUUCGAACGUGCUAGAGCUUCUUCUCCGUGCGUGGUAUUCUUCGACGAGCUCGACAGUCUUUGUCCCAAACGAGGAGGUGAUAGCAGCGGCGGUGGGGUCAGCGAAAGAGUUGUAAAUCAACUUCUUACAGAAAUGGAUGGUCUAGAGAGCAGGAGGAGCGUGUUUGUCAUUGCUGCCACCAACCGACCAGAGCUCAUAGACCCGGCGAUGAUGCGACCGUAAGCUCACUUUGGAACGUAGUAUUUCUGAAUGUUUUGUUUUCUAAAUCACUUAUGUGUACCUCUCACCUUGAUUCACGUUCAUCUAUCUACGUUUGCCCAUUUUUCUGUUUACAGAGGCCGUUUGGAUAAGCUCCUUUACGUUGCAUUGCCCGAACCAGAAGAUCGGGUUUCUAUCCUCAAGGCUAUUUCUAGUAACAUCAAAUUUUCUCCCGAUGUUGAUCUUCAUAAGAUCGGCACCAGCCCGAAAGCCGACAGUUACAGUGGCGCUGAUUGCGCAGCUCUAUUACGCGAAGCUGGAUUGGCUGUUCUGAAAGAAAGUUGUGAAAAGGCCCAGCCGCUGUCGAAGGACCAAAAUUCAACUGAUAUGGAGGUCGACACCAAUGACGACAGCUAUGCUGCUUCUGCUCUUUGCAUUCGUCCUCGCCAUUUUGAAUAUGCAUUUGCCCACGUGGUGCCAUCGGUCUCACGAAAAGACCAGGCUCGAUACCAACGAAUGCGAGACCGAAUGGCACAAGCUCGGUGUCGAGCUGUUGUGGCCGAAGCCGAACCCGGAACGAAUGGUGACAGCGGAGAAAAGAACGGCAAUGGCGCCAAACAAGAGUGAUUCAUUCGGCAGGGGGGAUGACAAUUGGUUUUCAUCGCAACGGAGAGACUUUUUCGAUGUAUCGCACCUUGAAAACUAUAUACUUAUCGAAGCUUUUUAUAGUUUGACAUGGUGCUGUCGGCAGUGUACAACAUGCUGCGGACACAAUAAAAUGUACCUCGUGCA